AGAAAUUGUCGGGAGUCAGUCGAUGAGGAGUGCAUAUCGACCUGGACGCAUUGGUCGCGUUUGGCCUCCACCACAAGAUGAGAACCAGCCACCGCCUUCCGAAUUCCGACCAAAUAAGGCUGCAGACGAUACUGCUUGGAUACAUGAUGUACAUCAUUUUUUUAAAAUAAACGAGUCUUCAUUUGAAGGAUUUAGAAAACGAGUAGAAAUCAACGUAACUGAUUUUAGGUUUCACGAACAACUAGACAAAAUUACGGUUGAGAAAGUUACUACAUGGAAUAUUACUCAUCAAAUGAAGGAGCCAAGAGUUUGGCCACCACCUGAAGUUGAAAUAGGAGCCCGUGAACUUUCUGGUUCACGACUUCCAGCCGUUCAAUGGCCGCCCCCUGAGUUUGAACAACAAAUGCAACAAGAAAUUGAAGUGCUUCAGACAAAACUUCCAAUAAGACCGCAUCAACGCAAGUGGCCUCCAGCACCGCCCCAGUAUCAAGGUAAAAUUCCCAUAGGAAUAGGAAAAAUUUAUGUAAAGAAAUCGAUUUUCAUGAAAUCGAGCUUGAUAUUAAAAUUUCGGUAA